UGGCCCCCCACGGCAUGGUUCAUAGUUUCAUUGAGUUAGACAAGGCUGUGGUCCAUGUGAUCAGAUUGGUUAGUUUUCUGUGAUUGUGGUUUUCAUUCUGUCUUCCUUCUGAUGGAUAAGUGCAAAUACAAUGUUUUUAAACAAAUAGUGCUAAAACCACUAGCUAUUAUAUGGCAGAAAUGAAUCACGACCCACACUUUACGCUAUAUACAAAAUGAAUUAAAUGGAUCGUAGACCUACAUAUAAAUGUAUGAAAAUGGAUCAUAGACCUAAAACUGUUUCUGGAAGAAAAAAAAAUAGAAUAUCUUCAUGACUUUGGGGUGGGAGUGUUUCUUCAAGAGUACAAAAACAUCCUUAACCACAAAAGAAAAGAUUGGUAUGUUGAGCUUAUAGAAUUAUAAGCCAUUAAGAGAGUGAAAAGACAUCCCACAGAGCUGUGGAUAUUGACAACACAUAUAACUGACAAAGGCACCUGGAACUUCCGUACAGUGCUGGGGGGAGUGUAAAUUAGAACAGUCAGCUUGGGAAACUGGCCAUAUCUAUGAAAGCAUUUUCAGCACAUGCCUACCCUCUGACCAAGCAGUUCUCAUACCCAACGGAAAUGAGUACUUAGGUCCCUCAAAAGAUAUAUGCAAGAAUGUUCAUGGUAGCUUUAUUUAUAAUAACCCCAAACUGGAAAUAAUCCAAAUGAGCACCAACAGUAGUAGACUAGAUAAACUGUGAUGUGGUCAUACAGUGGGACACCACACAGCAAUGAAAAAGAACCACCAUGCUCAACGACAAAGGUGGGUAUUGUUAAAGAACAUGGUCACAAAAGAGUGUGGACCAUGUAACUACAUUGAUAUAUGAGGCUCAGGGCCAGAUAAAAUUAAUCUAUGAGUGGCCCCUUAGUGUCCUAAACAUAUACCAAAGCCCGUGAGAGGAGACAGGGAGGCCUCUGAGGGUGAGAAGUGAGCUGUGCUUGGAGCGAGAGUGACUUCUGACCUUCUCCCUAGUGCCUCCUGGCCCAGUGGUGUGGACAGAGCAGGUGUGCAGUAAACGCUUACUGAGAUAGCUCAGUGCAAGAAUGAACUAGUAGCUUGGUGCCUCAGGGGUCUUUUCACUUGGAGAGAUCCAAGUGCUUGACCUAUAAGUCUGUGCCUCUUGACACUAAACGUAGUGAGUGGAAUGGUCUCAGGACCCCCUCAGAAAGGGGUGGGACCGUCUUUACACCUGGUGAGAGGUGCCUGAGGUAACCAGCUGGGACGGGGUGGGCAGGUAGCUGAGGAAGCACAUGGGAUGUGGAAUUGAAAAACUGUUCCAGUCUGGCCCUGCCAUGUGGCAGCUGUUUGGUUCAGGCCACGUUAUUUCAGCUCUCUGGGGGUCGCAGCCUCUGGGCCUAUAAAAUGGGGCAAAUUCUGCCUACUUCAGAGGAUGGCCCUGUGGGAAAGUAUCAUUGUGAAGCCCUGAGCAGUGACUUACCAGGAUCUUUGGUGUGUGUGUCUGGGUGCAGCCAGUGGCCCCAGGGCAUGGUGGAAAUAAUACUUUGAGGUGGCUCUGCAGGAGGCCUGGAAGCCUGCGGCCAGGAUGGGGGUGGCGGUGGUCAGUCACAUCAGGGCCCUCCCCUCCCCCACAGGCCUCCUCCAUGUCAGUGGGCCUGCAGGGAGACAGCUCCUUGCAGGUGGAGAUCUCAGAUGCCGUCAGCGUGGAGCGGGACAAGGUGAAGUUCACUGUUCAGACCAAGGUGACCUUUCGGAGCUGCCUGCCUCACUUCUCCCAGACCGAGUUCUCCGUCAUGCAACAGCGUGAGGAGUUCAUCUGGCUGCACAAUACCUAUGAGGGAGGGGUACGCCAGUCUUCCUGUGAGGGGGAGCCGGCCGAGGUAGAUGACUUCUUUAAGCAUGAGAGGACCUUCCUGCUGGAGUACCACGCCUGCAUCUGGGACGCCUGUCUGUGGGUAGACCAAGUCAUGCACUCAUGCCUGGCAGAUGAUUACAUGCCUAUCUCAGCUGCACUGAGCAGUCUGGGAUCACAGGAAGUCAACGAGCUAAAGAGUGAGGAUUCCCUCUGGAGCUUCUUCAAAUUGGCAGAGCUCUUUGAACAGUUAAGGGAGCUGGAGGGCCAAGUGGCCUCUAAUGAGGACCUGAAGCUGUCAGACAUGCUGAGAUACUACAUGUGAGACUCCCAGGCAGCCAAGGUGAGACUGCUGGCACUGGCAGACUACAAGAACGCCAACAAGGUGCUGGACGAGGCCCGCGCCGCACACCAGGAGGUGUGGGCUACAGAGAGCCAAGAGCUGUGCUGCUAGUGCUUCGAAUGCCUCUCGGACUCAGCCAGGCAGAGUAAGCCCCGUGGCCCACGAGCCCCUGCCUCUGCACUGGCCACCCUGCCAGAGUCCCCAUUCCUCUCCUCUCCAGAGCUCAUGGACUUCAAAUCCCAUGUAUCUUCCUUCCGCGAGAACCUCACUGAGCUGGCCGAGCUGGAGCUCAAACACGCCAAGGCCAGCACCCUGCUUCUCCAGAGCACCCCAGUUAUCCUCAAGAGGGAGCCUUCGAGCUACCAAAAGCCCCCAGAUCUCCUACUGGACAGGCGCCUUCCAGCCCUAGGAGCCACUUGCCAUGCCCCUUCCCAGGGCAACCCCCACCCCUGCCCCAAGGUGCCAGGCCCUGCCAGAGGGAGAGAGAGCAGCAUGGAUACCACACUUGGCCAGAGGUAAGCAGAGCCCCAACCUGGGGAAGCCCGGGGAACAUGACCUCCCCUCCGCAGAGGCUGAGGGACAGCCUCCACCCAUGCUGGUCUGGGUUCGUUUGUCUCCAGCCUGUUCACAAAUAAAAAACCUGGUUUUAUAAGGAGGCUUGCUUGUCCUGACAUUCCAGUUGCAGGGCCCACCAGGUACAUCCUCUACCAGGGGGACCAUGGUAGAGGCCAGGUCCUGGGGGACACCCCUGCAAUGUGUUCGGUUGCUCUGCAGAGUGCUAGGAGGCACUCUGUAUAAAGGGACAAGAUCCAGAACUUGGAACCCAGGAGCAGUCAAGGCGUGCCACCACCCCCUUAUAAACCCUGGC